GCAGUGCGCGCAUCACACUUGACACAUUGGUCGCAUCCCAGUGCCGCCACUAACCCACACUACCCACACUUAGUGCGCCCCGUGACCUGAAACCAACUGCCGAAUAACAAGAUGAUCCAAAUGAAAGCAAUGCUGGUGCCAGCUCUGCUGCUGCUGUCGUGCAUCGAAGCAUCACCGCCGCGGAGACAUUACAAGCGCGAUGCUCCGCUGAGUUCAUCCUACCUACCGCCCUCGAGCGGCAGCUUCGGCGGUGGCAGGCCGUCAUCAUCGUACGGUGCACCUAGACCAUCGAGCAGCUAUGGCGCCCCCAGCCGGCCCUCGUCUAGCUACGGACCUCCGAAACCUUCCAGCAGCUAUGGAGCCCCGGCGCCCUCUAACAGUUAUGGCGCACCAGCUCCCUCAUCUAGCUACGGAGCACCCGCCCCCUCAAGCUCCUACGGUGCCCCAGCCCCAUCGUCCAGCUAUGGUGCCCCGGCCCCAUCAUCCAGUUACGGUGCACCACCCUCACGUCCAUCCUCAAGCUACGGAGCUCCGAAACCAUCCAGCUCUUAUGGAGCUCCUGCUAGACCGCCAGCGACGAGCUAUGGAGUCCCAACUGGACCCUCUACCUCUUACAAUGCUCCAAGGCCAUCUAGCAGCUACGGUGCUCCAAAACCUUCGAGCUCCUAUGGCGCUCCAGCUCCGUCUAGCUCCUACGGUGCACCUGCGCCAUCCAGCUCGUACGGUGCUCCCGCUCCCGCACCUUCCAGCUCUUACGGUGCCCCCGCCCGCGCACCUUCCAGCUCUUACGGCGCCCCUGCUCCAUCUAGCUCAUACGGCGCUCCUGCUCCAUCAUCGUCAUAUGGCGCCCCAGCACCAUCUUCGUCUUACGGCGCGCCAUCAUCUGGGUCUAGUCACGGCAGCAGUGGGUUCAGUAGCAGCGCAUUCAGUGGAAGCGGUUUUGGAUCAAGCGGUUUCGGCGGCAGUGCUCCGUCUUCAAGCUACGGCGCUCCUUCGGCUCCAUCUAGCAGUUAUGGCGCUCCUUCGGCUCCUUCUAGCAGUUAUGGUGCACCUGCUCCUUCUAGCUCUUAUGGGGCACCGGCAGCAGCGCCAUCUAGCAGCUACGGUGCGCCGAGCGCAGGUAGCUUCUCUAGCGGAUUCUCGUCCAGUGGCUUCUCAUCCGGCGGUUCAGGUGGCUACUCCUCGAGCAGUUCAGGUGGAUACUCUUCCGGUGGAUCCGGGGGAUUCUCAGGCGGCUCCUCCGGCGGAUUCUCGUCUGGUGGUCACGGCUCCAGCGGCGUCCCGGCCACUAUCAGCCAAGGAUACGAUUCAAAUGGAGGGUAUGUAUACUAGAGACAGUAAGACCCUUAGUAUCACGUUAUCGGAUGCAUACGUUAGUCAAUUUGGUAAGCUACUUGGAUAGGCUUUGUAUUGGCGUGAUGGAGUCUUCUGUCACAUAUUACAUAAGCCCAGUGUUCAGGAAUGAAAUUGAUAGUGUCAAUUGUGAUAAGGUUACCGUUUAAUUUGGAUGUAGACCACUGGGUCUAUCCAGAUAUUGUACUGGGUACUAACUCAGUACCAUAUCUGCCAGUCAACAUUGUAACUUCCGACAAUAGUUUGCUACAAGUAAAUGUAACAUUUAGCUCAAUUCAAUAUUCUCAAUUGAUUACGCUGUAUAAACAAACAAUGAAUAUUGUACGGGCGCUGUUCGAGUACGGAUGUUCAGGCCAGCGGGCGCUAGUGUCGACUCUCUAUUUAUUUAUCGCGCGCUAUCAGUAUCACUCAUUAUCGAUCUGUCGCAAGCUUACCACUGUGGUAAGCGAAUGAACGAAAGUAUUAAAUUUAUUUAAUUUUAAUAAUGAAUUGUACAAAAAUUAGUAUGUAAGUACUUAAAAACAUUUUGUAUAAAUUAAAAAAUUUGUAAAUAA